AUGGCGGUGGUAUUGGACGCUUUAGCAUCCUAUCUACAACACAUGCUGUUGGAGAUGGCUAAAGAAGAGGUGCAUCUGCUCUUAGGUGUUCCUGAUGAGAUAAAAAAGAUGGGCAUCAAGCUCGGGGACCUUAAGAGGUUCAUCGCCGAUGCUGACAAGAGGAACAUCAGCGACGAGAGUGUGCAAUCAUGGGUGAGAGAGCUUAGGAAUGCCAUGUAUGAUGCAACCAACAUUCUUGAUUUGUGCCAGCUCAAGGCCAUGGAACGGGGUCCAUCCAAGGAUAUGGGCUGCUUCAAUCCCUUGCUCUUUUGUUUGAGAAAUCCUCUCCAUGCUCAUGGCAUUGGUAAUCGCAUAAAGAAUCUCAAUGAGAGGCUAGAUGACAUUGAGAAGCGUAGCAAAACCUUCAACUUCAUCAACCUUGCUUCUUAUGAGGACGACAAGAAAAAGGUAGAAUCCUCCCUUCGCGCUAGGCGUGAGACGACGGGGGAGGAUGAGUUAGGUGUGGUUGGUGAGAAGAUUGAGGAGGACACAAGAAAUCUAGUGAAUUUACUCACAAAGAAGGAGAAAAACAUACAUGAACACAAAAAAGUUAUGGUUUAUGCUAUUGUGGGAGUUGGAGGGAUUGGCAAAACCACCCUUGCCAAGAAGAUCUUCAACCAUGACUUCAUGAAAUUAGAGUUCGAAAAGAGACUAUGGUUGAGCGUCAAUCAAGAAUUUAGCGACAGUGGUCUACUAGAGAGAGCUAUCACUGAAGCACGAGGACAUCAUCAAGCAGCUAGAAACACAAAGGCUGCACUAGAGCGAACCCUUAAGGAAGCCCUGGAGGGGUGCAAGACCUUAUUGGUGAUGGAUGAUGUUUGGGACCACCAUGCAUGGGAGAAGGUGCUCAAGCCUCCAUUGAUAAAAUCACUUGCUCGAGGAAGCCGUGUUCUCGUUACAACGAGACAAGAUGCAGUUGCUCGAGGCAUGAUGGCAGAGGUUCCCUACCACCAUGUCGACAAACUAGAGCAAGAAGAUGCCUGGUCUUUGCUCAAGAAGCAGGUGGUCGGAAAUGAAAAUAAUGAUGAACAAAAGGUUGAUACACUGAAGGACAUUGGAAUGUCGAUUAUAGCAGAAUGUGAUGGUUUGCCUCUCGCGGUCAAAGUAAUAGGAGGCCUCCUCCGCCAGAAAAGGACAAGGCGAUCGAAGCGAUUGGACAAAGAUCUGAACCCUGAGUUGAAGUCUUGCUUUCUGCACUACGCCCUCCUCCCAAAGAACACGGUGUUCUGGUAUGACCGUAUUGUUGCCAUGUGGAUUAGUGAAGGAUUUGUUCAUGGAAACUCACAGGAUUUGGAAGUGUUAGGAAAAGAGUACUAUGACGAGUUAAUAGCUAGGAACCUUCUAGAGCCUGAUCAACGAGAUGAAACAUUGAUAGCUCACAAAACUGAGGCUGGCCAUACCAAUAACAUUAACCCACAAAAUGUUAUUCGGUUAUCACUAAAAUCCAAAGAAUCAGAGUCAAAUGAGCUAGAGUGGAGUUCUCUACAAGCACAUAUAUCACUGCGAACACUUAUUUUAGUUGGGGAAACAAAGAUCAACCCAGGCAUUGGAAAGUUACGUCAGCUGAGGUAUCUAAGCCUUCUUGGCUCAGGUAUAAACAAUAUACCCAGGGGUUUCGGCAGCCUAACUAAUUUGAGGAUAUUAGAGGGGUUUCCAGCCCAUGUGGAGGGUGAUUGGUGUAGUUUGGAAGAAUUAGGACCUCUUAACCAGCUCAUGCGUCUUCGUAUACAUGGCCUGGAGAAUGUAUCUUCUUCCUCAUUUGCUAUAAAAGCCAGGCUUGGUGAAAAGCUUGAGGUUCUAUUCAUGGAAGACUUGCCUUAUUGCACAGAGCUACCUGACAGCUUGUUCCAGCUCCCCAGCUUGGAGUCCCUACAGAUUAUAAGUGCCCCAGCCAUCAAGCAUGUUGGGGCAGAGUUCUUACAACCACACCAUCAUGAGCACCAAAGCGUUGUGGAAAACUUUGGUUCUGGUUUGAAAAUUGUGGUGAGUAGAUGUCAUGGACUAGAGAGGAUCAGCAAUCUGCCAAAUUUGCAGAACCUCAUGAUCAUAAGAUGCCCAGAGUUGGAGGUAUUGGAGGGUUUGCCUGCACUUCAUGGACUCACACUGGAGGACUACGACAUGAAAACACUCCCUGGAUACUUGCAGGACGUAAACCCAAGGGAUUUGCGUCUAAACUGUGACAUCUCCCUGCUCGCUUCCAUAGCUGAAGGGGAAUCUGGCCCUGAGUGGGACAAGUUCUGCCAUAUCAAGCAGGUCAAUGCAUAUGCAGAUGAUGAUGACAACAACAUUGAAAGGAAGUGGUACGUGAAGUACACAGGCGAUCCAUUCAGCUUCAAGACAAACAUCAACGUCUUCUGCUGA